UAUCACGGUGCGGUUAUUUUGAGUGCUACCAGUCCAACAGUGACAAGAAACAUGGCGCCGAGAACUCAGCCUACAGACGAUGACUGGACUAGCGUUACGGAUGCGAAGAAACGGAAGCAGAUUCAGGAUCGACUUGCACAACGAGCAAGACGCCAACGUCUUCGCGAGGCAAAAAGCAGCACGAAACAGCAGAAACAACAAGAUGAAACUUCUGGGGCAGAUGAAACGCAGGGUGACCAACUCCCGGGUACACAACCGCUACCUGAGCUGUCACAAGGAUUCUCCUCCACACUCUUCGACUUGCCAUCUUUCACGGACAUCGACCUGAAUUUGAUGCCGGAUGAUUUGGACAUUGCCAAAUGUCCAUUGUCAUUGAUGACAAACCAGCUUCAAUCACUGGGAAACUGUUCAGAGGAGAAUGAAGCCAUGCCUCAAACUGUUGUCAACAAAGCAUCGCCCUCUUCGUUAGACUCUUACAGUCUUACGCCGACAACAUCAAAAGUCUCGGGUCUUCUAUCAUCGCUAUACGGGCAGCCGUCAUUUCCCAUGACAGUGUAUACAGCCAUGUACAUAAACGGUGACAUGCUUGGUCUGACAUGUGGAACUAUCAUUCCAUCUCGAUCGAGUCCAUGUGGGCCCGACAUCCCGUUGCCUUUGCAGCCUACCUACAAACAGUUGACCGUUCUCCAUUGUCGAUGGAUAGAUCGGUUUCCCUUUCCCAAGAUGCGGGACAAUAUCAUAAGCCUUGGAGGUCUGGUUGACGACGAAGAGCUGUUGAGAGAUAUGUUCACAAUGCCAUGCUUUGAGAUUGCCCCAGGAAAACUACCAUGGGAUCCCAAGGCUUGGACGCUUUUGAGACCAUUCGCCGAUAAGUGGGGAUACUUGUUUCUAUGA